UAAACGGUGGUGUGCAGCACUCAGUGUGUACUGUGCGUUACAAACUAUAGUUAAAUAGCUUUUUAAAUUACAAACGUAGCGUACAUCUGACUAACCCAUACUUUCUUGAUUUUAUUGCAAAUUUUACACUCUCAUGCAUUAUUGUGGAACAUACGCUUUGUUUUAACAGUGUUAUUACAAAUAUUAAAAAUUAUGUCUGUAAUAGGUGUCGUUUAGUUUUGGUUUAACAAGGUACUGUUAUUUCAGUACCCGCGUAGCUAUUGUCGCAGUAAAAACUGUUCGUAGUUGGUUCUUAAAUCAGUGUCUACUAUUAUAGACUUUGACACCGCCUUGCUAGUGUGCGUGAGCUACGCGAAUGUGUUCGUCCGAAUUCCGAUUACGCGAAUGGUUUUGGAACGAUUUCUCUUUAAGUUGUUGUGAAGAAAAAUGGCAGAAGCGCAUUCUGCGGUCGCCUUUUCUUUCGCCAUCACUCACGACGGAUGGGACGUCAACUUCGAUCGCGAGGUGCUGUACCUCGUGUGGGAGUCUGGCAUCCGCUCGUGGAAAAAGAGGCUGGCGCGCUUCAGAAACAGCAUUCACAAUGGCGUGUAUCCGGGACAUCUGCAAUCCUUAUACUUUCUGUGGACUGUCCUCGUGGCGGCUCACUUUGGGGGGGUCAACAUACCCUUCGGAUUAGUACAAAAAGCCCUAUCCGUACUGCCCGGUGCGUCGCCCAUGUGGCAGGUGAUGGCGUGCCUGCUUGCCGCUCUCACGAUGUGGCUGUCCGUCAUAUUCCUGAUGCGGUACUUGCUUAAGCUGCUCCUCAUGUAUAAGGGCUGGAUGUACGAGUCCCGUGCGCCGGGCUCUAAGAUAUCUAUGAGGACGAUGUUAUGGGCGAGCGUGGUGAAGGUGCUCUCCGGCUGGAACAAACCGCGGCUCUACAGCUUCCAGGGCUCACUGCCGCGCCUGCCGCUGCCCGCUGUCAAGGACACUAUGAAACGGUACCUUCUGAGCGUGAGGCCACUGCUGGACGACGCCAACUACCUCCGCGUGGAGGGACUGGCCAAGGAGUUCGAGGAGACUAUCGCCGUCAAGUUGCAGAGAUAUCUCGUCCUAAAGUCAUGGUGGUCCAGCAACUACGUGUCGGACUGGUGGGAGGAGUACGUGUACCUGCGCGGUCGCUCGCCGCUCAUGGUCAACUCCAACUUCUACGGCACGGACACGCUGCUGAGGCCCACAAGCGUGCAAGCGGCGCGUGCCAGCACCAUCAUACACUUCUGUCUCAAGUUCCGUAGGCUAAUCGAGCGCCAAGAGCUCGAGCCGAUUAUGCUGCAAGGCAUGGUUCCGCUGUGCUCGUGGCAGUACGAGCGACUGUUCAACACGACGCGCGUGCCCGGCGUGGAAACGGACAAGCUGGUGCACUACCGCGACUCGGCACACGUAACGGUGCUGCACCGUGGGCGCUAUUACAAGGUGUUGGUCUACGUUCGCGGGCGGCUGUUGAACCCAGCCGAGAUACAAGUGCAGAUCCAGCAGAUUCUGGACGAUGAAACGGAAGCGAGUCCAGGCGAGGUGCGGCUGGCGGCGCUGACGGCGGGCGAGCGCUCGCAUUGGGCGCACGUGCGGCAGACGCUCUUUAACCGCGGACACAACCGCACGUCGCUGCAUUGCAUCGAGCGCGCCGCCUUCCACGUGUGCCUGGACGACCUCGAAUACGGGUUCGACGAGGCGGACCGGGCGAAGCUAGACCGCUACGGCCGGGUGCUGCUGCAUGGCUCCGGACAGGAUCGCUGGUUCGACAAGUCCUUCAACCUCUGUUUCAGCACCAACGGCUCGGUGGGCUUUAAUACAGAGCACACAUGGGCGGACGCGCCGGUCAUGGGACAUUUGUGGGAAUACGUUAUCUGGUCGGAAUUAGAAUACGGCUACGAUGAGGCCGGCAACGCCCGCGGCUCGGUCGAGUCUCCGCCACCGGCACCCGUGCACCUGCGCUGGGAGUUCAGCGCGCCGCUGCUGGCCGCCGUCGACCAGUCGCACGCCGUCGCCACGCAGUUGCUUAACGACGUCGAUCUGCGGAUACUCAUGUACACCGCCUACGGCAAAGGGUUCAUGAAGAGCUGUCGCGUGUCGCCCGACGCCUUCAUCCAGAUGGUACUGCAGUUGGCGUACUUCCGUGACGCGGGUCGCUUUUGCCUCACGUACGAGGCGUCCAUGACACGGCUGUUCCGGGAAGGACGCACUGAGACCGUGCGCUCGUGCACGCUCGAGAGCUCCGCCUGGGUGCGCUCCAUGCUCGACCCGCACGCCACGGUGGAGCAGCGCAUGUUGCUGUUCGUGAAGGCGAGCAAUCGUCACCAGCUGGGCUACCAGGACGCCAUGGCGGGCCGUGGUAUCGAUCGACACCUCUUCUGUCUCUAUGUCGUUUCCAAGUACCUCGAACUCGAAUCACCUUUCCUGCAGGAAGUCUUUAACGAGCCGUGGCGUCUGUCGACCAGCCAAACUCCGCACGGUCAAACGAACCUGCUGGACCUGAAGAAGUACCCGAAGUGUGUCAGCGCAGGCGGCGGCUUCGGCCCCGUCGCGGACGACGGCUACGGCGUCUCCUACAUCAUAGUCGGCGACGACAUGCUCUUCUUCCACGUGUCCAGCAAAAUCAGCUGCCCUAUCACAAGCUCCUCGAACUUCGUGCAACAGAUCGAGCAGUCGCUGCGCGACGUGCACGACCUCUUCGUGGAACACAAAAAGCUCGACAACGGCGUCGGCGAAUGCAAACAGUGAAGUGUGCGCACCGCUUAGACUUUAGGUUUGUAUUGUGCGGUUUCGUUUUGUUGUCAUUAAUAAUGUUGUUGUUUAUACGUCUAUCAUCAUUGUAUAUUUUUAAGUGAAAACAACGCAAGUAUUUUAAAUAAUAAUCGAUCACAAUUUCGUGCAUUCUAUGUUUCUUUUUAAUAAAUAAAUAUUUAAAAGUGAAUAAACAUUUAUAAUGAAUCAAUGCAAUACUGCUUUAAAAUAUUGUAGUAGUAAGGUUUGCUGUACUCGCUUACUCAUCGUAUCGCCGAUACUCGAAUAGACUAAGAGAAGCGUGAAGUCCAGUCGAGGGAUUUGUUAAAGAUUUGUAAUGAUAUUUUAUUUUGGUAUCGCUUGGAGGUGAGGGUAAUAGAUAUUUCUUAAUUUUAAUAUUAUUUAUUGAGUCUUGAUAAUGAUGGCUACCAUGGAGCUAUUUCAUAGCACACGAUUGCUUUUAUAUACGCAUUUUGUAUGUCUAUGUAUCUUACUACAUUUCUUACGGUAUUUCCUUGUCGGUUCAGCAAGUAUUUUUCUACUCACGUAACAAGUACAUCGAAGUCGUGUCCAGUGUCGCAGAUGUGUAGUCCACGGCAAUGGCAGGAGGACGUGAUAAAUAACUUCGUCAUUCACGUGACUUUCGAGUCCACGCUAAACCACUACCGAAGUGAAAAGUACUGAAUGAGCGACCUACUAACGAAUGUUAAUUAUUUUAUACGUAAUUAUAUUUUAUUGUUAAUAGAUAAAUUGACACGAAUAUUAAUCUCUGUAGUAAUCUCGUGGAGCAAUCAUGUAUACCAAUACAAUUUGAAUGUUUAUUCAUGACGGCCCAAUUUUUGUUAACUUUGCAGUUUAAUUUAAAUUUUGCAAUAUGCAAUAAUCAUAACCGAAAUUUUUAUAAUUGAUAUUUAUUCGCUCUUCAGUCUUCCGAGAUCUACAUAGACUGCAAUUGUUUGUCGACUUGAACAAAACAAUUGGCGAAGUAGUUCGGAACUUUGGAAGUCACGUUCAAAUGGGUAUAAUUAAGCGUUGUAUUAUAAAUAAAGAUGUAUUCGUCGAGAAUUGUUUGUAGUGCAUAAUACAUCCGAGCUAGUAGCGAGUCGCGUGAAAUAUGUUCAUCUGUGACGAGUUUUAUCUUCAUUCUUCCUGUCAUUAGACGACUGAUGGGCUACGAUAUGACCAAUGUACCUAAAUUGAGCUUGAAGUAAAAAUAAUAUUUCUGAUAGUACAAAUAAUUAUCUUCCAUAUAUCUAAGUAGGCACGAUGUCACUCGUUCGCGUCCCUCCCCCCACUCCAAGAGCAAGAGACGACCUCGGCGUCGCCCGUAGACUAAUUGUAGAACCUAAACCCAACACUAGCACUGAGCAGCUAGUUCAAAAGUAUUUUCUUAUUGUUAUACACGUGGUUGUACAAUAUUAAUUAUACAUAGCUUCAUAAUAAUAUUAUGUGACAUGUACAAAACUGAUUAUUUCUGUGGCCUUAAAGAUUAUCGUAGAUAUCUAUACAAAUAUUAUAGAAGUAAGACGAGUAUAAAGAAAAUUAUACUAAUUUUAUAAACGUAUUAUCCACAAUCAAUUUAUUCUGAUGUAAUGCAAUUAUUGAUUCGAUUUGUUACUUACACUUUUAUAACAGUUUAUUGUAAAUAAAUUAAUAAUAAAAUAAGUCUACUAUG